AUGUCACUCAACGAGCUGCAUCGUCUUCAAGCCCCCGUGGUAACUGUACUGGGUCGAGACCCGGCUCACCGCAAAUGCGUUCUCAACGGCAACGCAUUCCAGCAAGACGCCAUAAUCUCCUUCAAGGGCUGGCAAUAUGCCGUCUUUUACAGUAGUGGCCCUUCUCCAGCUCGGAGGAACGACAUUGAGCUUGAACCUCUUUACGUUUGCUUGGCUCGGCGCAAACUGCCUAGCACUGAGUGGCAGGCUAUCGUUUUCGACGACUAUCGCCAAACUACCGACGAUGGCCAUAAUACGGUCCAGAUGGGCAUUUGUCCGGGUGAUGGCACCAUCCACCUAUCAUACGAUCACCAUUGUGACAUCUUGAGGUACCGACAUUCCGCCAAAGGCGUUGCCAACGAUCCAGAACUGUUCCCAUGGAACAAAGACGAGUUCACUUCGACUCUCAAUCAUGUCCCCGGUAUUCCUCAACCUCAUGAGAACUUCGGCUACGUCACCUACCCACGGUUUGGUAGCUUGGGCGAUGACAUGUUCUUCUCUAUAAGAAAUGGCAAAUCCGGUCUCGGGGAUGACCUAUUAUACAUCUAUCGUGCCGCGACAGGGUUGUAUGAGUAUGCUGGUAAACACCUUCAAGGCAUCCAGAAUAACCCAUACGUCCAUGGUAUGGACUACCGUGAUGGCAAGUUACACGUCACAUGGGUGUAUCGUGGCUUUGUUUACUACGAUGGUUGGGAUGAACCUUUGGAUACGAAGCACAAGCAGCAGGCCGGCCCCAACGGUGCCGAGAACAAUCAUAACAUAUGUUACGCUUAUAGCAGUGACGGGGGAUACACAUGGAAAAAUGGACAAGACGAUACAAUCGCUUCGUUGAAGCAUGGAGGCUCAGUAACACCGGAUUGUCCAGGUCUUCUUGCUUUUGAAAUUCCUAGGGGCCGAGGCUUGACAAAUCAAGAGGCACAGGCAGUCGACCAGGACGGCGGGGUUCAUGUUCUUAACCGUGACACAAUGAGCGGCGAGAAACUAUGGAAGCACUAUUAUCGAUCUCCUGAUGGAACCUGGAUUCAACAUGCCAUUGGGCCGGUACCUAGUCCUCGACGCGGUCGUCUAGCGAUCGGCAAAACAGGCGAUCUCUUCAUGAUCCUUCCCAACCCGACCAAUUUGUCACUCCGCAUUCUCAGAUCAUCAAAAACAAAAGGUUACUCUGAUCCAAUAGAGAUCUGGAAUGGCGUUGGCUUCAUAGGCGAGCCGCUCGUGGACACCAAAAGGCUCGAGAAGGAGGACAUCCUGUCGAUUUUUAUCAUCGCCAAGUCGGCUUCCUCGUCCGAGGACCGUCAUGUCGUCGUCCUCGACUUCCAUGUCUAG